CACCUCUAUAUAAAUAUUCCUGAUGCAAAUUCCACAUGCAGUUGCAGAAUUGUAAACAGAAUCCAGUACCGUCACAAUGUUGUUCGUGGUCUGUAUUCUCGUGUCAAUGUCCUGCAGCAUUGCAUUUCCAAGACGACCAAUUAAUCAAGGCAACAGUCUUUCCGAUGAGGAAUUUGCAGAGGUAGGUUAUUUGAUUGGUACCUUAAAUGAGUCGCAUAUUUAUAUUAUAUACAUACAUAUAUGCAGCUACAUACUUGCAUGCCCUGCUCUGCUGUUUUCUUGUUUGUUUUUGUUUGUUGUUUUUUUUUUUUUUAACUAGCUUAUUGACUCUCCUCUGUUUAUUUACAUUUUCUGUCUAUUCUCAGCCAACCUUUCACUUUCAGGCACAUCUUCGGUAUUUAUGACACUCCACUUACCCCCCUCCCUCCCUUUCUCUUACAUCAGUUGUUUUGGAUGUUAACUCUAUCAAAUUGAUCAAUAUUGCUUCAGACAUGAAAAAGAGACGGAAACUCUCGAAAGCUUGUCUUUGAAAUAUUAUGUUAGUCCAAUAAAAAAGUAUUCAUUGCAUACUGCCAUACUCUGGUAUUUUGGCAUCUUGUCUACUGGACUAAUACGGAUAAUCCAAUCUACACUAUAUAUAUAUUGAUUGCUUUCAACAGUUAAAUAUUUGUAAAUGCACAGAUUGUCAUAUAUAAUAAAAAUUGUGAUUUCCAUAACUCUUAGACAGAAUGACAAUUUCCAAAUAACACAUAUAAAUGCAUUUAGAUGAAUAAUGAUAAUAGCAAUUAAAGCAUUUACUAUGUAAUAAUUGCUAUUGCUUGUUAUAUGCUAAACUAGAAAUUGUACAUUUUGGGCCAUAUCAGCCGCAUUGUCAUAAAGUAUGUGGGUGUCAGUGAAAGCGUGUAUGGGUCAGUCUUUGAAAAUAAAAAUAUAAUCUAUACUGAAAGUUACAAUUUCAAGGAUUACUUAUUUUUGUAUAAAGUUUUAUUAAGCAACAGAAGACUUUAAUAAAAUUCAGCAUAUUUGUUUUAAAACAGUCUAAUGCUAAAAACACCAUCAAUAUAAAUGCAUCAACAAUUAGCAUUGACAAUAAAACAGAAAAUAGAAAUAGUUCUGCGGAAUAGAUAUAAAUAAAAAACAGUGCUACGCAGAUAUCUGUACAUAUGUCGUUGAGAUCUUUGGGAGGCCUCCAUGAAAAACACUAUCCUCACAAUCUCUCUACGGUAAUAUUGUCACUUAAAGGAACACAAAAGGGAAAUCAAGAAAUUACAGUCUUUGAACUUGUGGCAUCACAAACUGUCAUGAUCAAUUCCUAACUUGUCAAUGGUGUCCGGCAGUGAUUAAUCCUGGUUUCAUGCCUUAUUUCUGUUCCUCUACGUCACUGCUUUCUUUGUGCAGGAUUAUUUAAGCAAAUUCUAUCCAUCAAGCUCUGGAGCAAAAUCAUUCGAUGAAAGAAUCCAAGAAAUGCAGAAAUUCUUUGGAAUGAAAGUUACAGGAAGAUUGACCAAAGACACCAUGGACAUGAUGAAGAGGCCAAGAUGUGGCAUGCCAGACGUGGCAGAAUUUACCCUGUUCACUGGGCGUCCGAGAUGGCAAACCACCUCCCUCACAUAUAGGUAUGAAUAUUAAAUGUAAUAAUAAAGUGUUAUUUGGCUCAAUAUCGUAUCUAGGGCUGCUUAAAUUAUUGGCGAUAUAUAAAUAUGUGUUUUGUGGAUGUGUGUGUAGUUACAUAUAUUUCUACUCAAUAAUACCAUGACUACUGUACAUUUAUUCUGCAGUUCUACUCAUCAGAUUUGAGUGGAACUUCUCCUUAAGGUUGAAGUGUGUAUACUGGGCAGUGUUAAAUUAUAAAAUAAGAAAAUAAAAGCAAUCAAACUAGAAUGAGAGGUUCCUGGUUGGUGUAGCUUUCUUUCUGAUCCUGCGGGGGGGUGGGGGGUGGCGGGGGUGCUUUCCUAUUGAUUAGCAACAACUGCAACACCAGAAAUUCUACAGUUUAAUGUAGUGGUUUUGGUAUAUAGAGCUUGCUCCUACAGUCUCCCAUCUAUAAACACUGCCUUUUCUGUAAAAAUAGUGUUUACGUCUCUAGAACACUUCCAGUCCCUGUCACUCAACCAGCCACUAUUAUGGUCCUACUAUCUUUACAGGACAAAUGUCUGGUGUCUUUUGACUCUGCAUGAGGAUGAAGAACUAUCCCAAAGAUAUGCAUUGGUAUGAUGCUUCUCUAUGAGGAACGAUGAUGGGCACAGCAUGACAAUUGUCACACAUGCACAAUAGACCCUCAAAUGUUUCUCCAUGAGGAAGCAUUGGAUUGGCUGAGAUCAUCAGUAAUGCUUUUUUUCCGAUUUACAGGGAACUUAUUUAUCUAUACAGUAAGGAGAAUACUCUAAUGUUAGAAAUACAUAUUUAGAAUUCUAACUUUAGAGUGCUUCUUUAAAGUUGUUAUUUUUAAUCUCUUUUCGUUUUUCAAAAUAUUUUAAAUUUUUUUUUAGGUCAUCUUAUUGUAUUGUGUAAAUUAAAGUUUGUUUCUAUCCAGGCUUUUCAUCUUUUCAGUUUUGUAAUAGUGAAUAAUGAGAAAACAAAAGAUUGCAAAAAUGCAUCUAAAGAAAUUCUAUAUUAUUUUUAGAAUCCUGAAUUAUACCCCUGAUCUCCCUGUCCCAGAGGUUAAUAAUGCAAUUGCAAGAGCUUUUAAGGUAUGGAGUGAGGUGACACCACUGACUUUCAGGAUGAUUACAACAGGACGAGCAGAUAUUUUCAUUCAAUUUUCACAAGGCAGUGAGUAUAAUAUGAAUAUAUUAUGAAUGUUUUUAACACCCCUUCCUCUAGUGCAAAACAAUAUUUCUAAUUAUGUCGAUAAUUAAUAAUCAAGUUGAGUCAGGUAAAAAUCCGAGCACCACAUUACACCUUUACCAUCAGCACCUCCCCCUGAUCACAUUAAUACCUCAAUCGUGAUAUUUUUUUUUCUCCAAGAGGUUUGAGUUGGUCAAGUCAUAAACCAUGUAUCAUGUAUCAACUCUGGAAUGGUGUCCAAAGCUUAUAGGAUGUUAUUUGGUGCUUGAGGUGUACCUGAAUACUGUGAGGCCUUCCAUUUACUACAUUGAGUAUUUUUGGUCUACCUACAAUAUUCAGGUUAUUGUACCCAUUGUGAACAAAAUGGCACUCCAAUUGCAUGUUGCUUUAAUCCUAACAUCGGUUAUCGUUUGCUUGUAAUAUGAAUGCAUUACUAAGUCUUAGACACUCUCUAAAGGUCUUUUCCUCUAGGUACAAACAUGUACAAGUUGAAAUGAAUGUGUGAGUGUCCAAUAACUAAUUUUAUUGUUUUUUAGCUCAUGGUGAUUCAAAUCCAUUUGAUGGUCCAAGCAAUAUAUUGGCUCAUGCAUAUGCCCCUGGAAAUGGUAUUGGAGGAGAUGCUCACUUUGAUGAAGGAGAACGUUGGUCAAGUUCUAAUUUAGGUACAUUUUCUGAAUGUUAACUUAGUUUUUUAUAUAAGCCCUAAAUUACCAUUAUUGUCGUUGCAGUGUAACCAGAGGCCUAACUAGAAGCCCUGGUGUGAUAAUUGCCCUGGGGCACCUCCAAUAUGUAUUUCAUUCUCCCCUCCCCUCCCCCCACCCAGCCUCCCAUGUGUCUCAUUUCCACACCCCCACGCUCUCUGUGUAUCUCAUUCCACCCCCCAGGCCCUCCAUGUUUCUCAUUCCUCCCCCCCCCACACAGCCCUUCAUAUGUCUAAUUUCCCCCCCUUUUUAACAGCUGCAAAACUGAUAGCUGGCACCAAACUUUAAAUUAAAAAAUAUAACUGCAAAUGUAAAACAACAGUAUGUUAAAUCAGUGGUUCCCAAACUUUUUGGUUCAAGGCGCACUUAAUAUUUUAAUAUAUUUCCAAGGUGCCCUUAGUCAAAACAAAGAUCUAGGUUGUAUAUCUGUAUACCGCUGAGCCAUAUACUGGUGCUAUAGUAUAGUGUAUAGUGUUGGUGUAUAAGUUAAGUGUUUUAAUGCAGGGGUGUGUUUGUAUGUAAUGUUUGUGUUUGAUUGCAGGAGUGUGCUUGGGUGCACACAGGUGCACAUACACAGAUGCACAUCCUGACACACAGGUGUGCACGUACACACAGUCAGGCACACUGACACUAAGCUACACAAACUGACAUAUACACACACACAGAUACACCUCGACAAACAGAUGCACACACACACUGACACACAGAUACACACACAGAAUCUGACAUACACAUAAACACAUACAUGUGAGAAUUUUUUCUAUCUGCAGCCAGCCUCCUGUUCGGGAGCCACUACAUUAAAUAAUACAUAUUUAGAAGGAAUCUCAAGGCUAUGAAUGAGUUGACCUCUUCCCUAAUGAUAAAUUUCUGUUUUAUUGUAGGUAUUAACUUGUUUCUUGUUGCUGCACAUGAAUUUGGCCAUUCGAUGGGGCUAGGUCACUCCACUGAUCGAGCAGCUUUAAUGUUUCCUACAUACAACUUUGUAAACCCAAAUACCUUCCGCCUGAGUCAGGACGACAUCAACGGGAUACAAACAUUGUAUGGCAGGAGACGCUGAGAUGAUAAUUAAUAUAACUAAUUUUAUUGCUACAUUUGGUGGGCCAAUGGUUAUGUAACUAAAAUAAAUUCAACUUGCUCAAUCACUGUUUACACACAUUUUCUUUUGUUUAGUUUAAUCCUUUAUAUGUUGUAUAUAAGACAAGUAACCUAACAUACAGACUGUGGAUGAAACUAGUCUCAAAGUCAGAGAUAAAAAGUUAGUCUAUUAUUGUAAAGCGACACCAGUCAACCAAAUCUACCUUUAAUUAAAACAUACAGAAUUCCAAAUGAGUUCUAUAAAUGCAAAAUGACUGGACUAUAUCAAAUUUAACUAUAAUUAGCACUUGAAUCUGCUGUAGAUUUUUUUUUCCAGUUUUGUUUUAAUGAUCAACAUAAGUGAGUGUUCUCUUGAAUUACAACAUGGUUUUCUUAUUACAACAUGAAUCUGAAUGACAAAGCCACUUUAGUAUAGCCAGUGUUAGGAGUUUCUCCAGUGCGAUUAAAUCUUUACUGCUUAAUUUUAAUACUAACACUUCUCAUUUCAUUGCAAUAUUACCUUGGCAUUGGAAGACCUUCAAUAGAAUGUCUGUUGAUUUGUAGCUAAAUGUAUUUUGCUUGCUAAUGAAUGAUCCAGAGGUAUAGAGCUUUGUUGCAUGUUAAAAUGUUUCAUAUAAAAUGAAAAUAGAUUAUUUUUUUUUUUUAAAGAGAAAUGCGAUUUUUGAGAAAAAUGUUGCAAUUACUAUAAAUAAAUAAAAGAUCCGUGGAAAUUAAACCUU